GUUGGUGACGUCAGGACGUGAUCACGCAACCCAGAGUCACGUGAACCGUUUCACAUAUGUAAAUGUUUUAAUAACCUGUUUUCGGUCUUUUUUGCAGUGAAAUUUCUUGCUGCUGAAUUUGAAAGUGCACUUUAAUCUUCAGCCAUCCAACAUGGACGAGGACGGGCUGCCCAUCGUGGGCUCUGGAGUCGACCUUACCAAGGUUCCUGCGAUCCAGCAGAGAAAAAUUGUUGCCUAUCUCAAUCAAUUUGUUGCACACACUGUCCGCUUCCUUAACCGCUUUUCCACAGUGUGUGAAGAGAAACUUGCAAACAUAUCUCUUCGCAUACAGCAGAUAGAAACCAGCCUGUGCAUUUUGGAGGCCAAGUUGUCUUCCAUUCCUGGACUGGAGGACGUCACAGUCGAAGGACUCUGUAAGCAGCAGCAGACUGCACAGGCCAAUGGACCCAUCAUCCCCAAUCAGAGCCAAAUCGAUGGUCCAGUAGCAGCGCCUCAAGAAGAGCCUGCUCAGACCACACCAGAAGCUUCAGCGACGCAAAAAGCAGAAGCGGCUGCAGAGAACAUCAUGACGGUGGCCAAAGACCCGCGCUAUGCCCGAUACCUGAAAAUGGUUCAAGUGGGGGUUCCGGUGAUGGCCAUACGGAAUAAAAUGGUCAUGGAGGGUUUGGAUCCCAAUCUGCUUGACACACCUGAUGCCCCCGUGCCCGACGGAGGAACGAAGACCUCGGAGGACCAAGACGCUGCCGGCAGCAACUCUGAUAGUGAAUCAUCUUUUAGUGACUGAAAUUGCUCAUUUGUCCUCAACACACAAAGUUUCCUCAUCCAUCGCUGUCUGCACAGCUUUAGGCCCGUAGCGAGGAAGUAUGAGGUACCUGUUAAGGGCUUUGAAGGAGGUGGUGUGAAUGUAGGUGCCUGAAACAGGAAAUCCAAAUUGAGUGACUGUAGUUUCAGUUUAAAAGAGCUGAACUGGUUCUCCUGUUUAGUCAUUCAGUGACCUUUAUUUUUG